AUUGAUAUUACUUUGUACCCACGCAUAUAAGCAAGUUUAGAGACGCACAGGAUAGAGAUAAAAGCACAGAAGAAACUUCCAUCUCAUCAAAACCAUGGCUUCCACCACCACUGCCAAUCCUUUGCUCUCUUCGAACUGCUUAGGGUCUAAAAUCUUUCUUUCUCCUCCAACCCCGAAAACCACCAAAUCACCGCUUCCUUUGCCUCUCUUCUCCAAAAGAAAGUCUGCAAUCACUCAAAGCAUUCUCAACAAAAAACCCAAUUCAGUGCCUUUGAAAUCUCUCUCGUCCCAAGCCACCUUAGCUGCCUUGAUCUUCUCUACUGUUUCCCCACAAGCUACCCUAGCCCUUGACAACCCCGCACCCCCUCAACCCCCACCAGUAAUCGAAGCCGAACUCACCAAAUCUAGCCCCUCAAAUCCCUCGCCUUUCUCACAAAACCUCCUCCUCACAGCCCCAAAGCCCCAAUCCCAGAACAACUCUGACCUCCCAGAAGGUGGCCAAUGGCGAUACAGCGAAUUCUUGAACGCAGUGAAGAAGGGCAAAGUAGAGAGAGUCAGAUUCAGCAAAGACGGCUCUGCUCUUCAGCUCACCGCCAUCGAUGGCCGCCGAGCCACUGUAAUUGUCCCCAACGACCCGGACCUCAUCGACAUCUUGGCCAUGAACGGCGUCGAUAUCUCAGUCGCCGAGGGAGAUUCGGGCAACGGGUUGUUUAAUUUUAUUGGUAAUCUUCUGUUCCCUAUCAUCGCUUUUGCUGGACUGUUCUUCCUCUUCCGCCGAGCCCAAGGCGGCCCCGGCGGGCCAGGUGGGCUAGGUGGCCCAAUGGACUUUGGAAGAUCGAAAUCCAAGUUCCAAGAGGUCCCCGAAACCGGCGUUACAUUCGCCGAUGUAGCAGGAGCUGAUCAAGCGAAGCUUGAAUUGCAAGAAGUCGUUGAUUUCUUGAAAAACCCAGAUAAGUAUACUGCCCUGGGAGCUAAAAUCCCUAAAGGGUGCUUGCUAGUGGGACCCCCUGGUACCGGGAAGACCCUAUUGGCAAGAGCAGUCUCCGGCGAGGCAGGCGUGCCAUUCUUCUCGUGUGCCGCUUCGGAGUUUGUGGAAUUGUUUGUGGGAGUUGGGGCUUCGAGAGUGAGGGACUUGUUCGAGAAAGCCAAGUCGAAAGCGCCGUGCAUUGUGUUCAUCGAUGAGAUUGAUGCGGUGGGGAGGCAGAGAGGGGCGGGGCUUGGAGGUGGGAAUGAUGAGAGGGAGCAAACUAUCAACCAGCUCUUGACGGAGAUGGAUGGGUUUUCAGGUAAUUCGGGGGUGAUUGUGUUGGCGGCUACAAACCGGCCUGACGUACUUGACUCAGCGCUGUUGAGGCCGGGCAGGUUUGACAGGCAGGUCACUGUGGACAGGCCUGAUGUUGCUGGUAGAGUAAAGAUCCUUCAGGUACACUCGAGAGGGAAGGCUCUCGCAAAGGAUGUGGACUUUGAGAAGAUAGCGAGAAGAACCCCAGGUUUUACAGGGGCUGAUUUGCAGAAUCUGAUGAACGAAGCAGCUAUUCUUGCAGCCAGGCGUGACCUCAAGGAAAUCAGCAAAGAUGAGAUAUCUGAUGCGCUGGAGAGAAUUAUUGCUGGACCAGAGAAGAAAAAUGCUGUAGUGUCAGAAGAGAAGAAGAAACUAGUGGCUUAUCAUGAAGCCGGGCAUGCUCUAGUUGGUGCAUUAAUGCCUGAAUAUGAUCCUGUAGCCAAGAUAUCAAUCAUUCCUCGGGGCCAAGCUGGUGGCCUUACCUUUUUUGCUCCAAGUGAAGAGAGGCUGGAGUCUGGACUUUAUAGUAGAAGCUACCUGGAGAAUCAGAUGGCUGUUGCCCUGGGUGGAAGAGUUGCCGAAGAGGUAAUUUUUGGCCAGGAAAAUGUAACUACAGGAGCAUCAAAUGACUUCAUGCAAGUAUCGCGGGUGGCAAGGCAGAUGGUUGAGAGAUUUGGGUUCAGUAAAAAGAUAGGACAAGUUGCCAUUGGCGGACCUGGUGGAAAUCCCUUCUUGGGUCAACAGAUGUCAUCCCAGAAAGAUUACUCGAUGGCAACAGCUGAUGUAGUGGAUGCAGAGGUUAGGGAACUGGUAGAGACGGCAUAUUCCAGGGCCAAACAUAUCAUGACCACCCACAUUGACAUACUUCACAAGCUUGCUCAGCUACUCAUCGAGAAAGAAACUGUUGACGGGGAGGAGUUCAUGAGUCUUUUCAUUGAUGGGAAAGCUGAACUAUACGUUGCUUGAUCCCACCGCUCAAGCGUCAAAAUCUUGGUGUUAUAAAUUUCAUAUACGCAUAUACAAGUUAGGAACCAAUUAAUUAUUUCAGUAAAUUCAAAAAAAAAAAAAAGGGAAAACAAUUGACAGCAGAAAUCAAGUUCCUCUCUCUAUCCAUCGCUCUCUAUCUUACACUUUUAAACAGAAA